UCCAGCAGCGGCCGCUGAGCGUCAGAGCGCUGAUCCUCCUCUGAAGGCGUGCGGCGCGCUGUCACACAUUCAGUCAACGCUGCUCGUGUUUUGUUUUUUUUUUUGUUUUUUUCUCUGUCCAACUCCCAGCAGGAUAAAACGCUGUGCAGCUCAGACCCAACAUGGGUUAGAAAGACAGCCAGCUAUGGAUUAUCCACUCUGUGCACUUCAGCGAGGAUGAUGGGGGGAAGAAUAUGGACUUGUUUUCGCAGAAACAUCCUGACAAAGACGGGGACUGAGAGGGAAUAGAGAUCUGGAUCCGCUGCCUUUUUCUGUCUCGCUUUGCAUCCUUCUUCUUCUCGUGUUUCGUUUUUUAUGUUUUUUUUUUUUUUUUUUUUUUAAUAUUAUUAUCAUCAUUUCCCCGCGUGUGUGCGAGACAGAGAGAUGUUUGCAGAGUUGCUGUGCGGCGCCGUGGCUUUGGUCCUGUAUGUCAACACUCUGGGCGCCGAUUUCUGCUACGAUGACAGCCGUGCAAUCAAGACCAAUCAGGACCUGCUCCCAGAAACCCCCUGGACAAAUAUCUUCUAUGAUGACUUCUGGGGCACCUUACUCACACACAGUGGCAGCCAUAAGUCUUACCGGCCCCUCUGCACCCUCUCCUUCCGCCUCAACCAUGCUGUGGGUGGGCUGGAGCCCUGGGGUUACCACCUGGUUAACGUUGCCUUCCAUGGGGCUGUGACAGGCCUCUUUACCUCGCUGGCUCGCCUGCUGCUUGGAGGAGGCCUGUGGAGCCUGUUGGCCGGCCUGCUCUUUGCCUCUCAUCCCAUCCACACUGAAGCGGUGGCGGGCAUUGUGGGCCGGGCAGAUGAAGGGGCUGCCCUGUUCUUCUUGCUGUCCCUGCUGUGCUACAUACGUCACUGUAAACUGCGAGGGCACGCUGGGCCCUGGCGGCUCGUGGCAUGGUUCCUGGGCAGCCUGGGCUGCGCUGCUUGCAGCAUGCUGUGGAAGGAGCUUGGAGUGACCGUCCUGGCUGUAUCGGCACUGUACGACGUCUGCGUUUUCCACAGGCUUAAGUUGCGACAGGUCAUCAUGCUCCUCUAUAAGAGAAAUAACGUCCACCUGCUGCUGAAUGUGUUUUUGCUGGCAGCCUGGGGAGCCGUCCUGUUGGCCUGCCGCUUCUACUGGAUGGGCAACAAACCCCCCAACUUCUCCAACUCUGACAACCCAGCAGCCGACUCCCACUCACUGCUCACCAGGACUUUAACCUUUUUCUACCUGCCUGCCAUCAACUUUUGGCUUUUCCUCUGCCCGCACACACUCAGUUUUGACUGGUCAAUGGAUGCCCUGCCUUUGAUCAGAAGCCUUGCUGAUUGGAGAAACUUUCAUACAGCAGCCUUCUACCUUGGAUUGCUGUUGCUGGCUUGGUUCAGCCUGUGGACACACCAGACAGCCAAGGGCAAGGAAACCAAUGGUAAAGCGUAUCAUUAUACCAAUGGCAGGAAUGGGAACAGUAAUGGACACAGUUAUCAAUAUCACGAACAUGAACAAAUGAACAACUCCCACACAAACACUCACAUUAACAGUGCACAAAAUGGUACCAAAAAGCACUAUGAGAGCAGGAUUCCCCUGCCCACCUCUGAAAAUGUUGUGGUGUUCUCUCUAGGCCUGUUAGCUAUCCCUUUCCUCCCUGCCACAAACCUGUUUUUCUAUGUGGGGUUUGUGAUAGCAGAAAGAGUACUGUACAUCCCCAGCAUGGGCUUUUGCCUGCUGGUGGCAGUGGGGAUGAGGUCCCUGUACGUCCGACUGCGACGUAGGUCCUCCAGGACGAUGCUGGUGUACUGCAGCGCAGCCCUGGUUCUUCUUUUUGGUGUCAAAACUGUUUUGAGGAACCGGGACUGGGAAAAUGAGGAGAUGCUCUACAAGUCAGGGAUUUAUGUCAAUCCUGCUAAAGCAUGGGGCAACCUUGGAAAUGUCCUAAAGAGCCAGGGGAAGAUGGAGGAGGCUGAACAGGCGUACAGAAAUGCCCUCUAUUACCGCAGCAACAUGGCUGACAUGCUGUAUAACCUCGGUUUGCUGCUACAAGAGAGCAACAAGUUCUCAGAGGCGCUCCACUACUAUAAGCUGGCCAUUGGGAGUCGGCCAACUCUGGCUUCGGCCUACUUGAACACAGGCAUCAUCCUGAUGAAUCAGGGUCGCCUAGAUGAGUCCAAGCGAACCUUCCUAACCUGCGCUGACAUCCCAGAUGAGAACCUGAAGGACCCCCACGCCCACAAGAGCUCCGUCACCAGCUGCCUGUACAACCUGGGCAAGCAGCUCCAUGAGCAGGGACACCAGGAGGAGGCCCUUUCCGUGUUUAAAGAAGCAAUACAGAAAAUGCCAAGACAAUUUGCACCACAGAGUCUCUACAACAUGAUGGGAGAGGCCUACAUGAGACUAAACAAGCUGACUGAAGCUGAACACUGGUACCAAGAGUCCCUGCGAGCCAAGCCGGACCACAUUCCUGCACACCUCACCUACGGCAAACUCCUGGCUAUGACGGGUCAGAAAACAGAAGCAGAGAGGUACUUCCUGAAGGCCAUCCAACUCGAUCCCACUAAAGGCAACUGUUACAUGCAUUAUGGUCAGUUUUUGUUGGAAGAGUCACGGCUGCUGGAAGCGGCAGAGAUGGCAGAGAAAGCCGCACGCCUGGACAGCGGGGAGUUUGAUGUGGUCUUCAGCGCAGCCCACAUGCUCAGACAAGCCAGCCUAAAUGAGGCAGCUGAGAAGUAUUACGGACAAGCAGCAAGCCUGAGACCCAAUUAUCCUGCAGCCUUGAUGAACCUUGGGGCAAUCCUCCACCUCAAUGGGAAACUGCAAGAAGCUGAAGCCAAUUACCUCCGAGCGCUGCAACUGAAACCGGAUGACACCAUCACCCAGUCCAACUUGCGUAAGCUCUGGAACAUCAUGGAGAAACAGGGCCUGAGGACCAUGAGCCCCUGAUCUCACCCUGCCCGCCUACCUGCCAUCUGUACACCAGACUUGGGGGGGAAAAGGACGGUCCAAAAGUUCCUCAUUCACUCUUCUUAUCCAGGAGAGAUGGAAGAGACUCAGGGAGGAUGUUUGCUCAGAGAGGCCAUGACUGCGCCGCACAGCCCUCCUAAUGACUCCUGAGCUCUGCAUACACCUCAGGCCAGCAGCUUUCCUCAGAAGCAUUGCUCACAGUUUGGCAGGCGCUACAUGGUAUUUGAACUCUUUAGAACUUUCUUAAAAACUAGAGAUCUCACAGGAACCAUGUUUUUUUUUGUUGUUGUUUUUCUUUCUUUUUGAACUAGAGCACUUGAACUUAAAGUGAGACAAUAGGUACAUCCUUCAACAUGUGUGAUGAAUUAGGUUUUUUUAAAUAAGCAAUUGUAGUUCAAAAGAGUGAAUUUUGUCCCAGAGCAGUGCAAGAUAAAGUAAAAUAUACAAGAGAUAAAAGAAUCUCAGAACACCGCACUGAGGGUUUUCCAUCACCGUUUAAUAAAGUUUUUGGUUUGAUCAGAUGUCCCAUCUUGAUAAUAAAGAAAAUAAGGUAAUAUGAAGAAUCGGAAACCAUCCAAAAUCUCAAAAUUAAUCAUGUAAUUCUCCAGUGUCUUUUGCUUAUGAGAUUACACACUUCAUAAUGCAGAGAUGAAAAAAAAUAUCAGUAUUAUUGCAAGCCAUUUGUAGCAGACCCUGACAUUUAGUGCAAACUUGAAAAGGGAAUUGAAUUUGUUAGCCAUUACAGCACAACGAUUGCCUCUAAAAGCUCCACGAAGAGUGUAUAUUACCAAAUACACUAUGUUUUGGCAAGAAAAUUCAAAAAGAAAGGAAAAGGAAAUAGGACUCUUUUUAUGUUCAAUAUUAUAAUGCCUUAUAAUAAAAAGGUGUGAAUCUUCUUUAUCAGUAUAGCAUACAGGUGGCAUUGUAACACUAGUUCUUGUUCAGCACUGGUAAAGAAGCCAAGUCACCAUGGAAACUUAUCUGUCGCCAACAGUCAGAAGCUAUAAAUGGAAAUAUUAAGCUACCUUCCCAUGGAAGUCGUAGACAACAAAGAGGCAGGCACGGUAGUUUUGGGUACACCGUUUUCCCACAUGCCUGAAGCUUUUAUAGUGGAGUGUGCAGAGCUGAAAUAUAUGAAAGGAGUCCUUCUAACCAAAUACAAAAGCUAUGCUGAUGCACACCUUUUCAUCACAUAACAGUGCACAGACAUAGCAAAUCUGAGGGAAAUGUUUUAAUGCCUAUCUUUGUGUUUGGAAUAAAACUAAUUUCAUGUGUUUGUAUAAAUGAAUCCUAAUAUAUACCUACAUUGUGUAUAGUAUACAGAAAGUCAUGCAGCAAAAAAGUAGCCAGACUUAAAGUGGAAACUCAAGUUUCUGGGCAAGUUUGGUUUGUUACAUGAAGUAUUUCCCAUAUUGUCAAAACUCUGUUCUUGGUGUUAAGGUUUCAUUUUGUAUAUAUUUUGUGUUAUUAACAUCUAUUUGUUUGUUGUUGUCAGCGUACAUGAAGUGAAACAGCACCUUCUCAGAAAGAUGUACAGUAUUUGUAAUGGAGUAAAAGAGUCUCCCAUCAUUUGUUUGUUAUUGGCUACAAUCCUCCUGAACUAUCUGUGUCCUUAGUCUAUUACAUUGUAAGUUAUUGCUUUGUGUUACCUUAGCAACAGAACCAGCUGGUACUGUGUUUUACAUGUAAAAUGAAGAAAGUUAGCAGAUAUGAUGUCCAUGUCUGUGGUCAAAAGUCCCCAAAUAGAGUUGAGUACAGUAAUGUGGCCCAUUAUUACAGCAAAACACCUAAAAAGGAGGGUAAAAUUUUGAGUAUAUGUGUCAUCUGUUGCAGUCAUGAUGGUGUAUGUAUUGUCCUGUUUUUGACUGUGAUAGUCACCAGUGAAGUAAGAUGUUGAGUAGGAUAAUCACAGUUCACAUUCAUUCCUGCCCUACACCUAACACACCCCACAUGUGCUAAUUCCUUCUGUAUAUAUAAAGUGUUUAUGAAAAAAAAAACACUGAUAAUUGCUUGAGUGAAGAUGUUUUUUCAACAAAAAAAGCGCUUCACUCUGUGUCUCUGCUCAGGGAUCUCAAGCAGUGGGUUAUUGCAGAAACGUGUUCACAGAGCGUUUACUAAAUUAAAGAUUUAUUUUUUGAAAGUUGUUGUAUUUGUAUAAAUUAUCGAGAUUUGUAGCCUUUUCUC